UGAUCUCCAGCUGAACUCCCGCUGAACUCCAGUUGAUCUCCAUUUAAUCUCCAGCUGAUCUGCUGCUCUGCAGUACAUCUCCAGCUGAACUUCUCCUGGUGCCUCAGCAUCAACGUCAGAAUGGCAGCCGCGGCUGAACCAGGGAAAGUUCUGACGCCGCAGAAACGGAGCAACAGCUACGGACUCCUGCCUCCAAACAUGUCUGAGCUGAGGGUGGUUCUGCUGGGGAACAGCUGGUCUGAGAGGAGUUCUGUCACCAAAAUCAUCCUGGGAGAAACCCAGUUCAACGUCGAGGAAGAGCUAAAUGGGUGCGUGAGAGUCAGAGGACGGUUGGCGGACAGAGAACUAGUUCUCAUCAACACUCCAGACCUGCUGGAUCUCCACAUCUCUCAACACAAGUUUACAGAGGUUAUAGACUUUGUGAGGCGCUCUGCUCCUGGACCUCAUGUGUUCCUGCUGGUUCUGGAUGCUGAAGGUUUCACGGAGGAGCACAAGGGGAAGCUCUGCAGAGUCCUGCAGCUCAUCAGUGAUCAGUCAUUUGAUCAUUCACUGGUUCUGGUGUCCACACCUGGUGCACAGAGCUCCGGUUUCAUGGAAAAGUGUCUGGAGAGGGUCCCCCUGAGAGAGAUCAUCAUGCAGUGCAGAUGCCGACACAUGUGGAAGAACAGCUUCCAACGCUCAGAACUGUUGACUAUGUUGACUCAAACCAUCCAGGACACCAGAGAACAUCUAAGCUGUGAUGUUUUCAAGGAAGACGAUGGAGGUUUGACCAUGAAACCCAAGUCUGAACACAGAGGACCCUCUUUAAACCUGGUUCUGUGUGGGAAGAGAGGAGCAUGGAAAACCUCGGCAGCCAAGGCCAUUUUAGGUCGGAAUGACCUUCGUUCAGUCUCCAACUCACCAGUGUGUGUCCAGAAUCAAGGGGAGGUGUUUGGACGUUGGGUUUCCCUGGUGGAGCUGCCUGCCUUGGGUGGAAAACCUCCAGAGGAAGUGAUGGAGGAAUCAUUCAAGUGUGUCUCCCUCUGUGAACCUGAGGGUGUCCACGCCUUCGUCCUGGUCCUACCUGUGGCUCCACUCACCGACGAGGACAAGAGGGAGCUGCAGACCAUCCAGAACACGUUCUUCUCUCGAGUCAAUGACUUUAUCAUGAUUCUGUUCACCGUGGACUCAGAUCGCACCCAUCCAGAUGAUGUUAACUUUGUGGAGGACAAUGCAGACAUCCAGGAGCUCCGUCAGGGCUGUGGGGGGGGCUCCAUGGUCCUCAACAUCAAGGACAAGCAGCAGGUCCAACAGCUGCUGGAUGCUAUUGGUCGCAUCAGAUCUGAAGAGCCCAGAUCUUUCACCAAGGACAUGUUCACCAGAGCCCAGAUGGACAAGCUGAGAUUUCAGUUUGAUCUCCAAGGUGAGCCAAAUCUACCUGCGGUCAAAGAUCCUCUCCGAAUUGUGGUGGUCGGGAAGGCUGGCAGUGGAAAGAGUUCCACGGCUAACAGCAUUCUGGGUAAAAAACAUUUUAAAACCAGGAUCCCCCCAAAGAAACCCUCAACAACUUGCGAUAAAGCCUCGGACCAGAUCGAUGGACGAUCGAUCACCGUGGUCAACACCCCCGCCUUGUUCGAGGCCCCUGCGGCUGACGAGCGCUUCCAGCGGGAGAUGAGGAGGUGCUUUGGCAUUUUGGCGCCGGGUCCUCACGCUAUCCUACUGGUGAUGCAGAUCGGAAACUUCACGUCCGAAGAGAGAGACUCUCUGAAGCUGCUCAGGAAGUGCUUUGGCAAGAAGUCCCAAGAUUUCACCAUGAUCGUGUUCACCAGAGGAGAAGCUCUGGAAGACGACACCUUUGAGAGUUACCUCCGAGGCUGUGACAACUUCGUUGAGCAACUCAUUCAGGACUGCGGGGGGAGGUUCCACGUCCUGAAUAACAACGACCCCGAGAACCAGGACCAGGUCAGCGAGCUGCUGACAAAGGUCGACGCCAUGGUGAUGGAACACCGGGGCAGCUGCUGCACCGCCGACGUGGACGACGACGCGCUGGAGGACCUCACGAGGAAGAUGGAGCAGGUCUUGAAGGAGAAGGACGAACUGAAGAAGGAGAAGGACGAACUGAAGAAGAAGGAGGAGGAGCGCGAGCGAAGGCACGAGAGAGACAUGAAAGCGCUGAGAGCACAAGUGCAAGAGGAGAAGAAACGGAGAACGGAGCUGCUGAAGGAAAAAGACGAAGGCAUCAACCGGGAGCGCGAGAAGGGAAAGGCGGAGCUCGAGGAAGAGCUGAGGAAGUGGAAGAAGAAGGAGGAAGCGGCACGGCAGGAAUCGAGAAGGAAGCUGGAGGCGUCGGAGCAAAAGCUUCUCGUGGAAAGAGAGCAACGGGAGCAUGCCGAGAAGAGGCUGGAGCAGAUCCGACGAGAGGAGAAGAAAGAGCGGGACGCUUGGGACAAAGAGAGGAGGGAGAACUGGGAGCGAGUGAACCAGGAGGUGAAGCAGAACCUGGAGGAGGUGAAGCAGAACCUGGAGGAGGAGAAGACCUACCACAGGAGGCUGCAGGACGAGUACCAGCGCAAGAGAAGGACCUGGAUGUACUUGCUGGCGGCCUUUGGUGGACUCGUGCUUGCGGUCUUACUGGUUUAUGUCUUUCAGAGAGAGUGACAGCCAAGCUCAGCCCAUACCUGUCAAGUAUUGGAUUUAAAAAUAUGGGAAAUUUCCUGCCGCUGCCCCACCAGCCCAACCAAGGUCCAGAAUUACAUUUUAAGAUAGAUUUACAAGAAAUUUAAAAUAACUACCUGUCAACCACUUGCAAACUGCAAUUAUGUGCUCAGAAUCUGAUAGUUCUACCUUUGUUGACACUGAAAUACUGUUGACAAUCCUAUGUGUGUUUAUUCCUAUAAUAGAGUCUAAAUGAAAACACAAAGGGGAAUGAAAGGACACUUAUUUAUUUUAAAUAUUUUCAGUUUAUAUACACAUUGAUUGUCUUCAAGUGAAACAUUUACAUUUUCUUUUAAUUGGUCAUUUUCACUCAUGAGGCUCUUGCCUUCACUGACUGAUCACACAGCGCUGCUGCUGCUGACAGACAUCGUUACUUCCCCCAUGAGAGACACUAAAAUCACGAAUCUUUCAGAACUCGUAACUGAGCCCCAUUCUGCUCCUCUUUAGGAAAGUAAAUUCGUUUUUCCAUUUUUAGAGAUAUUUACACAAAGUCUUUGUUUUUUGGGCAGAAAUGUCUUCUCUCUCGUUACAUCCAUCCAUCUCUGAUUUGUUGUUCCGAGUUUGUUCCCUUUGUCCCCACUAACCUCGCCAGAAUUGCCACCCAGGCUAUAGUAGGGGGCAGUUCUCGCGAGGCUGAUGACAAUUCAGUUUGCAGUUUAAAAAUUAUUAUAUUAUAAAACUGGAAAUUUACGGGAAAAUACUAAUACGGGAGGACGGCGGGAAAGAGGGUAAAAUACGGUAGUUUUCAGCCAGAACGGGAGACUUGACAGGUGUGACCCAGAGGUCGGGUGUUUUCGGUCGGUUUCAGAGGAACCAGAGUUCCACUAAAGCAGCGUCGCCCCCGUUCAGAGGAGGGAAAGUACACAAACACAACACACGUGUAUUUAGACGUUAGCAGGUGGGAGGUCAUGUGACCACCCAGCCACUGCUGAAUUAACACUACGCAUUAACGCUAGGCAUUAACGUUACUCUCGCGCCAGUCAACGGGCUCUCCGCGCAACGUCCCGCUCCGUCGGCCACGACACUAAAAGCUCUGCUGGGAUUCAGACUUGGGCUGCCUUUAUUCACACCGCGCUCACUUCUGCACGCUGGAGUGGCGGGUCGACCCGGGUCCGAUGACGGGGCGCAGCGAGGCACCAGGCAGUAACAGAUGUUUACAGGGUGGAGGGUGGACAUUUUUAUCUCCGUUAGUCCAGAUGAUAUUGAUUUUCAUAAUGUAAUCCAGAGGUUAUAAUUUACAUCCAUAUGUUAUGAUUUUGUUGAUAUUAUUUUAUUAU